CUCUACACCAUAACCUUCUCAUUUUCAUCACAAACCACCAAAGUCCUACAAGAACAUUGAAAAUAAACCAAGAAAAACAAGGUUUUUCCAUCCAAAUGUGCAUAAAUUGAAAAAAUACAAACAACCCUAAUCAUAUAAUACAAAUGAGGGUACUUUGUCCGAAUUUUGAAAGGGAAGAUGCAUUGGAGACGGUUCUUGAUGUACCAAUACCCGAGGAGAUGUUUACAAACAUGGGGACCAGUGUAAACCUUCGAUGGCAAAACAUGUCAACAUGGAUGAGGGCUCAAACAUCAGAUAAAUGGUCGUCUCCGAUAAUAGUUAAUCGUUAUAACGAGCUAACCUUUUUGCUAUACAUAGUUGGAUCUCCUCUUCUUCCCCUUCAGAUUCAACUAGACAAUCGCACUCGAUCCAUUCGCAGUUCAUCUAUUGAAGCAUCAACCGCGAAAUAUAUUGUGCAACAAUACAUGGCGGCAAUCGGUGGACAACCGGCUUUAAAUGCGGUACAAAGUUUAUGUGCUAUUGGGCAGUUGAAGAUUAGCUCGUCAGACUUCCACCAAGGGGAUGAAGCCGUGAAAGCAGAAAGCAGAGAGCAGACGGGUGCAUUUGUGCUUUGGCAAAAGAAUCCAAAUUUAUGGUGCUUGGAGCUACUUGUUGCGGGUUGCAAAGUUAUUGCAGGAAGCAAUGGCAAGAUUUCGUGGCGACAGUCUUCUAAUCAACUAAGACCUAUAUCCAAAGGUCCUCCUCGUCCUCUUCGUCGAUUUCUUCAGGGUUUGGACCCAAGGUCCACAGGAGAUUUGUUUCUUCAAGCGGUAUGCAUAGGCGAAAAGGUCAUAAACGAAGAGGAAUGCUUUAUAUUGAAGAUUGACACAAGCCAAUCUGAUCUCGAGGAACACACAGAUUCAAGAUACGAGAUUAUACAUCACACAAUUUGGGGUUACUUUAGCCAAAGAUCGGGCCUUUUAGUGAAAUUUGAGGAUUCACGUUUGCUUACUGUUAAUUAUGAUAAUGGGGAUGGUGUUUUUUGGGAAACUAGUACUGAAUCAGUGAUAGAAGAUUACAGAUAUGUUGAAGGUGUCAACAUUGCACAUAGUGGGAGAACGUCUGUAACAAUUUUCAGAUAUGGGGAACAGUCAUCGAAUCAUAAGAGACAAUUUGAAGAAAAGUGGAUGAUUGAGGAGGUUCAUUUCAAUGUUUGGGGAUUAACUAAAGAUUUCUUUACACCCCCGCCUGAACUCACAAAAGAAGAUAAAACAACUUAAGUGCAAACUUGAUAAGAAGAGGUGUUGUUUUGUAAAUACGGAAAGUAGAAGGGUUAUACUUUACUUUUGAAGACAAUAUGUGAAGAUUGAAGUACAAUACAUGGGCAAGUUAUUGGCAUUAAGUUGUUGAAACGACAACAAUUUGGUUUUUGAGGAAAUUUCAGUUUUUUUGUAUGACUUUUCAGAAUCCAUAGGGAUGAUGGUUCAACUUGGUGGACAUUUCUCUUUGGGAAAAAAAUUUGGUGGACAUUUUUGGCAGGGUCAUUAAAGUGAACGGCAUUUUGAUAUUUGUGCUUAAA